UAGGGUUUUACCACGCAGCCACCGCCGUCUCCCUCCGUCCCCCGCCGCCCCGCCGACCACCGAGGCCCGAGCCAGCGGCCAUGGCCGGGAAGAAGCGCAAGUCCGCCGAGAAGCAGCCCAAGGGCAGCCGCCUUCCGCUCGGCGCCGACGCCGACGCGGUGGCCGACGCCGGCAAGCGCCGCCGCUCCGGCGCCGCCAAGCGCCACCAGGCCGAGGAGGAGGAGUCCGUGCCCUCCUCCAUCAGCGCCAAGAUCCUCCGCGAGGCCCUCAAGCAGCAGCAGGAGGAGGGCCUCGCCGACUCCCGCGACCUCGUCGCCGCCGCCGCCACACCAGCCGCCGCAGCUGUUUCCGCCCCGUCCACGUCCUUGCCGUUCCCCGUCCCUGCUGCCGACGGCGACGAUGACGACGAGGACGUCGACGAGUUCGACGGCUUCGACGCCCUGAGCGAGUACGACGGCGGCGUGCCGGAGAUCGACGAGGAGGACGAGAAGGCCCUCGCCGCAUUCAUGUCCAAGGACACCUCCUCCAAGCGAUCGCUUGGUGAUAUCAUCCUCCAGAAGAUCAGGGAGAAGGACGCCACUGUCUCAACAGAAGGACGGCCUGCUGUCAAGUUGGACAGCCGAAUUAUUGAACUCUAUAAAGAGGUUGGCCAGCUCUUGAGCCGAUACACCAGUGGCAAGAUUCCCAAAGCAUUCAAGCGUAUCCCAUCGUUGGAAUGCUGGGCAGAUGUGCUGCAGUUAACUGAGCCUCAGAACUGGUCUCCUAACGCAGUGUACCAAGCAACACGGCUCUUCUCUUCAAACAUGAACGCGAAGAACGCCGUGCGGUUCUACGAAGCUAUUCUGCUGCCGCGUCUUCGCCAUGACAUAAAAACUAACAAGAGGCUCCAUUUUGCACUUUAUCAGUCUAUGAAAAAAUCCCUCUACAAGCCUGCUGCCUUUUUCAAAGGAAUUUUGCUGCCACUCUGUCAGGAAGGAAAUUGCACUCUGCGUGAAGCAGUAAUUAUUGGUAGUAUUAUCCAGAAAGUCACCAUUCCUCCACUCCAUGCGAGCGCGGCAUUAAUGAAACUAGCAGAUUUGGAGUACUGUGGCACCACUAGUUACUUUAUCAAGCUGUUUCUGGAUAAGAAAUAUGCUUUGCCGUACCGUGUACUUGAUGCUGUUUUUGCCCAUUUCAUGCGGUUUCUUGACGAUGAGAGGAGCAUGCCUGUUAUAUGGCACCAGUCACUGCUCGCCUUUGUGGAAAGAUACAAGAAUGAGUUGGAGAAGAAAGACAAGGAGCAACUCUUGCGCUUGUUAGAUAACCAGAAGCAUUAUUUGGUGACUCCAGAAAUUCGCAGGGAGCUCCGGAGCAGCGCCAACAGGGGAGAAAAGCCAACCGAUAUGUCGAUAUGCUCACCUGUUUCCGUGAUCACCAAGCCGAUUGAAGAGGACAGGUGGAAUGUUCCAGAAGUGCCCAUGGAGGAGGAUUAAUUGCCGCGGCGAGCGCCAUUGUUUGUUUGCUGUGUGGACUUCAUCGGCGCUUCAGUUUUUGAUCAUAGAGUGUUUUUGCUGUGUGUACCUUCUUUUUUUGCUGUUGAGGAGAGAUAUAUAUACCCUGGUUUGUAAGAACAAAAGAGUUGAGAUUGAAUUUCAACAUGUAUUCAUGGUUCCUGAAUCUGGCAUAGUGUAGAUGAAGGACGUGAACAACGCAAACAGAACUUUGGGUAUCAUUGGAACACAACACAAUUUUCUGACACUA